AGCAACAAAUGUGUGGACCAAAAGGGCUACGUAAAAAAUCGGGACAUGCACGUUUCUACAAUGAGGGUUACCAAACCUUUCUUUUAGUCCACACACACACACUCUUUGCUCAAAAUAUCGAUAACCAUGACUACCGGCGUUGAACAAACGGUGGCGAUCAUUGUCGGAGCCGGCCCAGCCGGCCUCUCCACCGCCGCAAGCCUCCACAAAUUAUCAAUCCCAUACAUACUUCUCGAAAGAGAAGAUUGUAUUGCUUCUUUAUUCAACAAGAAAGCAUUUGAUCGGUUUCAUCUUCACUUACCCAAACGGUUCUGUCAGCUUGCACACAUGCCGUUUCCGUCUAAUCUUCCAACGUUUGUCCCGAGAGCCGAGCUCUUGAAGUACUAUGACGACUACGCGUGUCGUUUUGAGAUUAAACCGAAAUUUGGGAACUUGGUAAAGUCUGCAAAGUAUGAUGAAGAUAGGAAGAUAUGGAAGGUGGAGACAAAGAUAGUUGCUGAUGGUGAUGGUGGUGGUUUUCGGUGUUAUGAGGCGCGGUAUUUGGUGGUGGCUACCGGAGAAAAUUGUGAGCCGUUUAUACCGGAGGUUGAUGGGUUGAGUGAGUUUAAAGGUGAAGUUAUUCAUUCGACUCGGUAUAAAUCCGGGAAGAAAUAUGAGAACAAGAAUGUUUUGGUUGUCGGAGCGGGUAAUUCUGGCAUGGAAGUUGCUCAUGAUCUGUCCGAGUAUGGUGCGAAAACCUCCAUCGUUGUUCGAAGUCCGAUUCAUAUCAUAUCAAAAUGGUCAGUAACAAUCGGAUUGCUUUUAUUAAAAAAGUUAUCACUAAAUGUGGUGGAUUCACUCUUGGUGUGGUCUAGCAAGCUAAUGUACGGAGAUAUAACCAAGUAUGGGAUGCAAAGACCCAAAGAAGGUCCGUUUUUAAUCAAAGUAAGAACCAACAAGUACCCGGUCAUCGAUAUGGGUGUAUUCGAGAAUAUCAAGUCUGGAAAGAUUCAGGUUUUGCCAGCACUGAAAAGUAUAAAUAGCGGAGGAGAUGAAGUUGUUUUCGAGAACGGGAAGUGUUACCAGUUUCAUACAAUUAUAUUUGCUACUGGAUUCAAGACAUCAACCCUUUUGUGGCUUCAAGGAAAUGAUUGCUAUUUUAAUAAAGAUGGAACAUCAAAGGCAAUGUUUCCAAAUAACUGGAAAGGAGAGAAUGGGUUUUACUGUGCUGGACUUGCAGGAACAGGACUCAUUGGAGCUGCCAUGGAUGCCCAAAAGAUAGCUGAUGACAUUUUUAAUCUAAUUUCAACGUAAAUAUGUGUCUAUUUGUGUGUGUGUUGAAAACAAGAUAUAAAUUAUGUAUUUGAUACCUAAAUUUCAGUUUAACAAUUUUAUAGUUAAUUUAA